AUGUCUGGAAUUCCGCCGACCGUGGGAGGGCACAAUGAGAGCAAGUCUGGGAAGGGGCAGGGCCAGGGCCAGGGGCAGGGAAGUGGUGUCUCUCUGGAUACUCUAAAUGCCGAUGCGAAUGCCGGCACGACCGCCGUCAAGAGCACCUCCAAGGCGUCUAGUACCAAAGGCGGAUCCUCGGGCUCGGGCGGAAACUCAGGAAAGUCCAAUGUGAUUUUUGGAAAGUGGUAUAUGCUGUGA